AUGGCUGAUCCUUUUCUAUAUGAUACUGGAGAAAGAUCUCGAUAUGGGUGCCUUGGACAUGAAGUACAAAUUGAGCACAUCAAGGCAUAUGUUUGUAGACCAUCUUUUUUCACAGACAAAGCUGUGAUUGUGAUUCAUGAUAUAUUUGGAUGGCAGUUCCCAGAUAUUAGAUAUAUAGUCGAUUUGAUUGCAGGUCAUGGAUACAUAACCAUCUGCCCAGACUUCUUCAAGGGCACAGAUCCCUGGAAAACUACUGAUCACUGGGCUGACUUUGCUGACUGGAUGAAACAUCAUGAUCCUACGAAAGUAGACAAGGAAGCUGAUGUUGUCUUGAAGUAUCUAAAGGAACAAAGCGAUGCAAAGAAGAUUGGUAUCGUUGGGUUUUCCUGGGGUGGAAUGGCAGUACAUCACUUGAUGCUGAAAAAUCCUCAAUUAACCGCUGGGGUGUCCCUCUAUGGAAUAAUUAGGGACUCUGAAGAAAGAUACAAUUUACUAAAUCCCACAUUUUUCAUUUUUGGUGAGAAAGACCACACUAUUUCAUAUGAUCAGAUCACCUUAUUGGAGGAGAAGUUGAAACAGUAUUGUAGAGUUGCAUAUAAAAUUAAGGUUUAUCCUGGACAAGUUCAUGGGUUUGCACAGUUGAAACCAGAAGAUAUGAAACCUGCUGAUAAACCUUAUAUUGAAGAAGCUAGAAAAGAUAUGAUUGAUUGGAUCAAAAUGUUCAUUUGACAAAAGCAUAAAAUAACACUAGGCUUCAAGAUUAGUGUUUAAUUUAAUUUGAGAGGAAAACAGUCAAAGGAAAAUGAUCUGGUUUUGAAAACUGUCAUAAAUAAAA